UUUGUCAAAAUGUGUCUACGCGUUUGGUGCAAAAAAUUAAAGUUAGUUUACUCAUUUGUGCAACUGAAACUUGACAAAUGAUUGAACCGAUUGUACGGACCUCAAAACCCCUAAUCACCAUAACAUAACAACAUAAACCCUUGAUAAACCCCAACUCCUCCACCAUUACCAAACAAACAACACAAUGUUUUUACAAUCACUAAAACACAAAUUCAAGCUCACAACCACCACCUUCCGUCUCAUCUCCGGCGAGUCGCAGAUUCUCCGGCGACUCUCCACCGCCACACCACCAGUUCCGUCUAAAAAACCGCCGGAAAAUCGCCGUAACAUCGACAGACAACAUUUGUAUAAGAAGAUAUGGUCGGUGGUAACUUCAGGCGAAAGGAUUCACGAUGUUUUAUUCAGGAUAUUGCAAAAUGGGGAGCAGUUUAUUAAGACUGAUCUUAUAUUUUGUCUUAAAGAUCUUCGUAAGUUUGGCCACUACAAUCAAUGCCUUGAGAUACUUGAUUGGAUGGAUAAAGGUAGAUAUGGCAAUGCUGCUACAGACCAUGCAUUGCGUAUAAAUAUAAUGUGUAAAGUUAAGAACAUUGAUGAGGUUGAGGAGUACUUUGACAGCAUUUCUCCUGAUCUCAAGAACCAAUAUGUAUAUGGAGCACUUUUAAGUUGCUACUGUACUAAAAUGAUGACAGAUAAAGCAUUGGCUCUUUUUGAAAAGAUGGAUGAACUGAACUAUGCAUCCAAUGAUCUGACCUUCAGUAACCUCAUGAGUCUUUAUAUGAAAAUAGGCCAACCAGACAAGGUGCCUAAUCUUGUAGAAGAAAUGAAGCAGAGAAACAUCCGACUAACCAACCACAUAUACUACAUCUGGAUUCAGAGCUAUCGAUAUCGUGUCAAUCUUGAGGGUCUUGAGCAAGUUAUGCUAGAAGUUCAAGAACAAAGCUCUGUAAAGGAGGAUUGGCAAAUCCAUAGCAACCUUGCUGCAGUGUAUAUAGCGGCUGGUCAAUCUGAGAACGCUAACGCUGCCUUGAAAAAGAUGGAGGAGCUUUUUGACAAGCCUAAGAAAGCUGACCGCAAAACAUAUCAUUUUCUGAUUUCCAUGUAUGCCAGUACUGGUGAUUCAGAGUCUGUUUAUCAGGCAUGGCAUAAACUGAAGUCAAGAUUUAGUGUUUGUCCAAACAUCAGCUACCUUGUUAUGCUUCGAGCCCUGUCAAUGCUAGAUGAUAUUGAGGGACUCAAAAAGUUUUUAAAGGAGUGGGAAUUGAGUUGCAUAAAUUAUGAUGACAGACUCCCAACUGUCCUCAUAGAUGCUUACCUUAGGCAUAACAUGCUUGAAGAGGCUAAGCAUCUGCUAAAAGACGCUGAAGAUAAGGCUGAACAGAAAAUAAGGAUUGCUCAUGUUAUUUUCAUGAACUACUACCUGGAGAAACAUAAUUUUGAUUCCGCUCUGAAGCAUAUGGAAGCAGCAAUGGCUGCCAAUUGGAAGCCAUUAGCAGAUAAGCUUGAUCCUUUCUUCGAGCAUUUCAAAGAAGAAAAGGAUGUUAAUCGUGCUGAAGACUUAUGCAGUAAAUUAGAGGAAGUUCAGGCUUUCAACUCGAGGACCUACUUGUGGUUGCUUCAGGUUUAUGCAGCUGCAGGUAAAACAGCCCCGAAAAUGCGUCAAAGGAUGGAGGAAAAUGGUAUAGAUAUAGGUGCUGAGCAUGAGGAGUUGCUUCAGAAGAUAUGCUAGCCGUCCAAUGCCCUGGACAUUUUUUUUAUACGGUAUGUUUUAAUUAGAGUUGCUGAAGCCUCAAGUAAGUAUCCCUGAAUUAACUUAGGAGUCAAAAUUAAGUUUUGGUUUGGGGUACCCUUAAGUUUUUGGCUAAGUGAUGAAGUUUUAGAAACUUGCAAUCAGUAGAUUAUUGAAUUCUGUUGAUUAGUGAUGUUAUAUUACUUGAAAUUUAUGUCAUAAUUAAAAAAGUUGUUAUCU